AUGGCUGAGCCAUUCCUGGGAACCUGGAAGAUGCUCUCCUGUGAAAACUGGACUAAGAUGUUUUGUUUUCUCUGCCUUACAGGAGUGAGUCUGAAUGUCCAGAAAAUGGUAGCAUCCAUGAAACCAAUUCUCCAUAUUGGUGCCAAUGGAGAUAAGCUGUACUUCAAAACAGAAAGUUCUUUCAAGCCUGCUACUAUUUGCUUCAAGCUGGGGCAAGAAUUUGAUGAAACCACAGAAGGCAACAAGAAAGUGAAGAGCAUCGUAACAUUAGAUAAUGGCUCAAUGAUUCAGGUCCAAAAAUGGCUCGACAAGGAGACAACCAUCAAAAGAGAAGUUGUAGAUGAAAAAAUGGUAGAGAAAUAUACCAAGAAUAAUGUUGUCAGCACUAGAAUCUAUGAAAAGAUGUGA